UAAAGGCAACACGUCUUUUGCUGAAUUCUAAUAAGACGUUCAAGGGGCUUGUAGAAAAUGACGGAGCAAAUUAAGUUUAUAGUUAAAGAAAUUAAUUCAACUUUAGGGAGGAACUACUAUUUGAUACAAUUUGAUGCCCUCGAUGAGAAGCAAUUACUUCAGUUGCUAGUUGAUUUGCUUGUCAAUUUAGGAGCUGGUGAAAAGUUGGACGUCAAUGAAGACGACUCUGAAACGGUAUCAUUUCGUCUUCUAGAAAUGCUAGGCAGCGUGAAAUAUCGGCCGCCGAGCACUGUAGAGCCAACGCGGUUUAGGUCCCAACUUCUCGCCGGCGAUUCCAGAACUAUUCAUCAUGUUUUACACUGGCUCUUGUCGAAUAAGGAACAAGUUAAAAACACAGCAUAUCUCGCAAAGUAUCUCAAAAUACCAGAUAUACCUUCUGACGUAGUUCGUAACAAUACGAUACAAGACCUGCUGGAUCAAUAUCAAAGUUUGAUCGACGAGUUCAAAGACGCUCACAAAAGAACAAGAAUGUUGGAAAAGGAGAACGCUUCUGAAAUCAUUAAUGAUAUCAAAGAGAUGGCGGUCGAGAGAGACAUGGUUAUAAAGAGAUUAGAAAGUGUGCAGGUUAAUUUGGUAGAUGUUCAUAAUAAAGAUGAGUUAUUGAAUUUAAGCAAAACGUUACGACUUCAACAAGAAAAAGCAAAACAAUUAGAGCUUCAGUUUGAUACUCAACAGUCUCAAUUGAAUUUAGCUUCUGAUCAGCUAAAACGAUAUUUAAAUGUAAUUCAUGGUCAAAGCGCUGCUACGAAAACCCCUACGGAUAUCAUUAAGCAUUUACAAGAGGAAAUACAAUUGAACAGUUAUUUGGUGAAAGAAAAAUUACCACAAGAGGCAGCUCACAUACAGAAGGAAUUGAACAUUAUGCAAAACAUCGCCGCCGAGCAACAUCCUAGUCGAUCGGAUCUACAUGUGGUUCAAGAUAAGAUCGCUGUUGUGAACGGGGAAAUGGAGCAAUUAGUUCAGCGGAAGCUAGCAACCUCUGGGCCUCAAGAGGACAAAUUGGCUCCAUUCAGACAACAGGCCGCCGUGAUCAGACGUAACAAGGAGACGAGCGCGACGCGGGUUCACGAGCUCGCCGCCACUCUGAAGCAGCACGAGGCGACGCUCGCCGAUCUUCAAUCUCAGGUGAAACAGCUCCUGGGGGAUACGGUUUUGAGAGGCGAAGAACUCAAGAAAUAUGUGAAUUCGUUACGAACAAAGAGUACGGUGUAUAAAAGGCAAAGAGCCAAUCUUUUGGCAUUGAAGAGUGAAGCAGGAAUUCUAGCACGCACUAUACAAAUAAUCAGUGUUGCUGAUCCUACUGUAGAAAUGGCUUUAGUAAACCACAAGAAAAUGAUUAUUGAUGACGAAAAAGAUCUCUUGAGCAAAGACGACGACAACAGCAUGGACUUGGGAAGGAAGUCUUUCCACGAUUUAUCUCAGAUAGUUGCAAAAACAGCGCAAAAACUGUCUGAAGUGCGUCAAGAGAUUCAGCCACUCGCCGACAAAAUUAAACCGGUCAAAGAAGAGUUUCAAUCAGUCCAACAGCAAUACGAACAAAGGAAGCGAGUGUACGAGGCAACGUCCAUUAAUAUAGCCUCACAAAUGGAGCCACUCAAGAAUCAAGUGAAAACUCUGACCGACCAAUUGAACAGCAAAGAGGACGAAUGGAAAAACUUGAGGCAAAAAAUAACGAAGGCCGAAAGUUUACAAGAGAUCGUAAUGUACGAAACGAAAAAUUCUAUGCAGUCCCCGAGGAAGCCAUCGAAAAUGGAGGCCCUGAAGUUAAAAGUUUCGGAUUUGAAACGAGUCGUUGAGAAUUUGGAAAAGGAGCAAACGGCUAUCAGUUCUCGUCAGGGUGUAGUUGAAGAGCAAACUAAUUUAUGGGAGAACACGUUGAAAUUGCUUCGAUGUAAGAUGGCCGCCCGUAAUGCGCCCGCUGCACGCCAGGGACGAAUGCACAUCACACAACACUCACAAAUGCUUACACUUACAUAAAAUAAUUAUAAGAUUACGAUUAACGUGUUAAAAAAGGUUUUGCUUGAAGAAACAAAUAAUGAAACAAACUUUUUUCUGUAUCUUAAUCGAUUUUUGUGUAUUGAAAAGAUUAAGAAUGGAUUAAUGCAUACAUCUAUACAUAUAAAUAAAAUUGGUGUGUCUCUUUUUAAUAUUGAAAUAGUCGCUUUUUACUACAUGUAAAUGAAUAUAUA